AAGAUACGCGGCUGGCGUUACCCCAGUUAUCGGAAUGGCGUCCAGUCGGAGGUUGGCACCGCUGUCCGUGGUAACCGUCAGCUCCUGGCUGCUUCUCCUCUUGUGUGUUCAUUUCGGAAGUGGGCAGAAGAAAAAAGAGAACCUCCAGGCAGAAAAAGUGGAACAGCUAAUGGAAUGGAGCUCCAGACGUUCAAUUAUUCGAAUGAAUGGUGACAAAUUUCGAAGGUUUGUUAAGGCCCCUCCUCGUAAUUAUUCUGUGAUUGUGAUGUUCACUGCUCUUCAGCCCCAAAGACAAUGUUCUGUCUGCAGACAAGCAAAUGAAGAAUACCAGGUGCUGGCAAAUUCAUGGCGGUAUUCCUCUGCAUUUUCUAAUAAGCUUUUCUUCACUGUGGUGGAUUAUGAUGAAGGAGCAGAUGUAUUUCAACAGUUAAAUAUGAACUCUGCUCCCACAUUCAUGCAUUUUCCACCAAAAGGCAAACCCAAGAGAGCUGACACCUUUGAUCUCCAGCGAAUCGGAUUUGCAGCUGAACAGCUUGCGAAGUGGAUUGCUGACCGAACUGAUGUCCAUAUUCGUGUGUUUAGACCUCCGAACUAUUCAGGCACCAUUGCCUUGGCUCUCCUUGUUUCACUCGUAGGAGGAUUGUUGUAUUUGCGGAGAAAUAACCUGGAAUUUAUCUAUAACAAAACCGGCUGGGCCAUGGCUGCUCUGUGUGUGGUAUUUGCCAUGACUUCUGGACAAAUGUGGAAUCACAUUCGUGGUCCUCCAUAUGCUCAUAAAAACCCACAAAAUGGACAAGUGAGCUACAUCCAUGGGAGUAGCCAAGCUCAGUUUGUUGCAGAGUCACACAUCAUUCUUCUCCUAAAUGCUGCCAUCACCAUGGGAAUGGUUCUUCUAAAUGAAGCUGCAACAUCUAAAGGAGACGUUGGAAAAAGACGAAUAAUCUGUCUGGUGGGAUUAGGCUUGGUGGUUUUUUUCUUCAGUUUGCUGCUGUCAAUAUUCCGGUCCAAGUAUCAUGGAUAUCCUUAUAGCUUUUUAAUAAAGUAACCAACGGAGCCACAAAAAAUCUGGGCGGUGGGCAUGAAGAUAAAUGUCAUCUGAAAAGGAAGUAUUCUAUAUUAGGUUCCACAAGACAUUGUAAAAAAUGUUACCCAUUAAUUUUGACACUUAUAAUUGUGAAAAUGUGUAACUGUUGUUUAGAAGGGAAUCUUGUGUUUGCAUUCAUUUUGUCUCUCUAAUGUAUACAUUUAUUUAUUAGCUUAGAGUUGCUGUAGAGGAUGAUGCAGAAAUUGAUCAGAAAUAUAAUGAAAGUGCAAGAAUCUCCACAUGACUUUUGACUAAUUCCUUGGCACCAUUUAGUAUCAUAUUUCACAUAAGUGCUUAAUGCUCUUGUCAGAUUCCUGAAAUGCAUUGGAAGAAUCAUGAUUCUAAAGAAAAGCCUGGGGACAAAAUUUUAUAUGCUUCACAGGAAAUCGUUUCAAGCCAAAGUAAAGGGAGCUUCAUUUGCCCACUAUGUUUAAGUAUUUGUGUAGAUCCAAGCAAGGAUAAUCAGGAAAAAUGCAACCAUAUGUCUUAUUAUCAAGAAUUGGCAAAUAUCAUUUUUCAAAAAUACUCUCUUUGGUGAGAGGUGUUGUGCUUAAUUUUUGUGGUAGCAUGCUGACAAGGUGAUAUUGCAUUAUCUGAAAAUAGCAGUCCCCCAACACUCAUUCAGCAGCCAGCUGUUGGGGACUUCCAGAUGAAUUUUAAAAUUUAAAAUAAUGCACUUUAUUUUG